UGUACGGAAGUAGCACAUUUCCAUCAUCCCCACCAUGGAUGUAACAGGUGAAUAAGCAUGGGAAAUUCAUCGUAGAUAUGGUUUAAUAACACGUUUUUGUUAUUUUGAACUGUUACACUGUGAAAGUUUGACAAUCAAGUACGCAGGAUCGUGAUUUUUGUACGUUAAUACAAUGGAAAAACGCUCAACCGGUGCUAAAAACGUAACACCGGUCAGUAAAGACUUUGAUGGAGAAACCGGUGAAGCUAAUCCUCAUAUUUCCCAUGCCGAUUCCACUGCUAAUGGCACCGCCAGAGCCAGAUGGACCCUCCUGCGACAGGUACUGCGUCAAAAACAGGUCGACUGUCCUGAGGUGAAGCAGGUGUCUGUGCGCAGAUUCUCCAGUUUUGAUCUUUUUAGCAAAAAGAGACUUGUAAUUCAUGGUCCAAGUAAUACCUCAGAUGACCAAUGGGUGGAGUACCGUAGUGUCUCUCUUCCGAAGUACAGUGCCUUACUUAGAGUUCAUUUGGGGCCGCUCAAAGUCAAUGAAGUUCUCAACAGUUUUGAUAACACCGGUAAUGUUUGUGUGUGGCCGUCUGAAGAGGUGAUGGCUCACUACUGUCUGCAGAAACGCAUGUUGUUCAAGGGCGCCGUGUGCGAGCUGGGAGGAGGCAUGACUUGUCUGGCUGGCCUCAUGGUUGCCAUUUGUGCUGACGUGAGGGAAGUUCUGCUAUCUGAUGGGAAUGAGAAGUCUAUUCACAAUGUGCGGGAGCUGGUGGAGAGAAAUCAGCAAGCUGGAGUCUUCAGCUCAACAAGUGUGUCAGCCCGGGUCCUGAGAUGGGACUGUGAUUCAGACAUCUCACCACUGGAAGGUCACUUUGAUGUGGUCAUGUGCGCCGACUGUUUGUUCCUGGACCAGUACAGAGCCAGCCUGGUUGAUGCCAUACGGAGAUUACUACAACCCAAAGGCACAGCGUUGGUCUUUGCUCCGCGCAGAGGUCAGACCCUUGCUCUUUUCUGUGAUCUGGCUCAGCAGGCUGGACUGUUCAUCUCUCAACACCAGCAGUACGACCAUCACGUCUGGGACACGCACUCAAAGGUGUGGUGCUCGAUUCCUGGACAUGUAGAGGUUGUAUGUUCUCCUUAUGUCUGCAUUACCCUGCGUUGUUGUGCAAAAGAUGUUGAAAGAAGGAAAAGAAGCCUAUGAUGAGAACAUCCACUAUCCUCUGCUCCUCACCUUGACCAAAGGACCCCAAACUGUCAGCCUCUUCAAGUAAACACAAACAUUUCAAAGGCACUGAGGUAUUUCUCAUUUCAAAGACUUAUGAUACAGUAUGACCUUAGUAAACAAGACCAGCUGAUCAUAAAAACAACAAUGUGAGGGUGAAUAACACCCCACCUUGGACAAAAUAUCCUAAAAGUACCAAUUUUGUGAAAUCUGUUGUUAACUUUUCUGGUGGAGGGCCCAUCAAAUGCUUUUCUCCAUGGAGAUGUUAUUGCUUUGUCUGGAAUGUUUCACAGUAUGUUAUUAAAUCUUCAUAAAGGCCAACCCAGACCAAGUUACAGAUAAAAUCUGUGGAGAGGCAACUCCGCUCAGUCAGAAUACCUGUUAUUCUAGGUAUAAAACCACUUGCUAUUAAAUACAUGUAAGGUAAAGCUGUUUAAUGUUAAUCAUUAAUCAGCAAGCAGGUGAUGGACCCCUGACCAAAAAAUUUAUAGUGCACCUUUAACCUCGAGAGACAGAGUUCUGUCCAAGGUCUAUUUCAUUUUUCGACAUAAAAACUGACUACCAGAAGUUUUAUAGAGGCUUGUGUCUCUAGACCUAUUCUACAUGGGGUCUAUGAUAAUAAUCAUCUGGCUACAUUUGACAUUUGAAGUAUUAUUUUUAUUCUUAGUAAAUGUUACCAAUUAAACUGUUACACCGAAGUGAUUCUUUGAAAUGAUUCUUUUAGCAGCUCAUAGCCAUACGCAAUUUUACCUAAUGCGUGAAACAACUAAUAAGGAGGCAAUCGCAUCCGCAAGUCCUGUGUAAUGUACAUUGUUGACUGAAUAUUCUUGUAUACUGUGUAAAAUUUACAUUACAGAAUUCACACAAUCUACUUGGAGCAUCCACUUUAGCUACCACUGUUUUAGCCUUUUCUCUAUUUCACAGCAUCUGUCUUCAUAUAAACUCAGGUGUUUCACAGCGAUGGGGGCUCUUUUAGGGCUUUUAGUGAUACUGAAGCAGACUUUAUGGUGGCUUCAUUUUUCACUGUGACUUUUGCUGUUUUACCAGCCAAAGCGCUAUGCAGUCUAUACCUAACGUUGACAUUUAGCCUAUUGAAAUAAAGACUGAUGUGCUGUGUGCAGGUUUGUCUAGCUGUUGCUUUGAUUGCUGUAAAGAUAAAAUGCAAAAAUGCUACUUUUUUGUUUAUUAUUAUAUUUAAAUUUACGCACACUUUUAUAUCGAUCUGGAUUCAGUGAAUCCAGAUCUGACUGUGCUGUGUGCCGUGGUCACUGAGCACCGCUGUUUACUGUGAGGUCCAUCUUGGAUUUGGCAUCUGUGUUUUUGACUAAACACUAUUUUCUGUGAUAUCCUAUUAUUUAUCUGUAUGUUGUCACUACACAACUAGUGCUGCAUGUCUCACUGUGACUUUAUCAUGCUGUUACAAUUACACAUAUUUGUGAUUUUGGUCAGAAACUACAUUUUCAUAAACAAGGAACUUUUACUUUGCAAAUACGUAUAAAAAUUAUUACGAGGUUUUAAUGAAACUUUUUUUUUUAAAUAGAUUGGGGGGUAUUCCAUAAAAAGGACAAAGAAAUACAAAGAUUUAGACAUAUUUGAAGUUUAUUUUAAUUUACAGCAGUUUUUGGAUAAUGGAAAGAAAAUGGACUGGAGUGAUUCUUGUAUUUUGAGGAGAAUGAGCGUUCCAGUGCUAUCCACAUUUUAUUUUAAAGUUAUAGUUAAUUAUGCAAUAUUGACUUUUCAGAGCUUUUAACCAUGUUAUAGUUGUUUCCCCUCACCAUUAACCCAAACAAAGUUGUAUGUCUGGGCAAUCUUUAAUAACUUAUUUUCAAGACACCAUUUUGCCGAUCAACCUGUUUCUCCGCCACUCCAAUUUUAUUUUCUUUAUUGAUGAUUCGACAGCGUUGCAUAGUCAACUUGGUACAAAUUUUUAAAAACCCGCUGCUUGAUAGCAUGAUCUGCAGUUAUUCAUUGCAACUUCAGAAGUCCGCAGACUUGUUUCUUUAAGUAAACUGUUUUAGAUGAAUAUUGAGAUUUAAAAUGGGCAAGUUAAAACAUAAUGGUCCACAGGUGUCGUAGAUCAUAACUCUAUAGCAGACACAAGCUUUAAUUAAGGCUGUAACGUAACUGUAAAGCAUGUUAUUGUAUAAGAGGCCCAUAAUUCAUAUUUUGACCAGCGAUGACAGGAGAUACUACUUAUUAUUGGAGUUUAGGUUAUUUUAGCCUGGAUAAAGUGAGGCUAACUUUAGCUUUAAUUUCUGGUGGUGAGCUGUGAUUUUUUUUAGCUACUUUCAUGGAAUACCUCAACACCCCACAGAUUUUAACUUAUUUUUUGUUGAUGUGCUCUACAAAUAAAGCUGAUUUGCAAACUUUUCAAUUGAAACAUUGAGAUAAUACAUGGUUUGUAAAAAAAAAACCAAAAAAAACUUUGCAAAUAUGUUUACAAUGUUUCUUAAAUUUUCCAGUAUCUAUGAGGCUUAUUGACAUAACACUUUGUUCACUGUGUUUAAUCAUUAUUACAUUUGAGCGUGUGGUUUUGUGAAUGCCCUGA